AUGGAAAAGGUAUUCAAAUUAAUUUUAUCAUCAAAUUCAAUAUAUAAUAAGGAAUCAUUGUUUCAGAAUCUUCAUAGAUUUGAUGAAAGGUUAAUCAGUAUUGUUCUCAAUGAUCCUGUGUGUCCCAUUCAAAUAUUCCCAUACAAUAUCUAUUCUGCUUUUAAAGAAUCAACAUUAGAGGUUAUCAACUUUCUAUUAGAAUCAUUUUUUUAUAAUAAUAGUAUCAGUUCGGAAAUAUUCAAAAGUAGAAUCAUCAAAUCAGUAUUUAAAAUUAAAAAUAUUUUUAAAAGAGAUAGAGUUUUACAAUUCAUUCUAAGUAAACCAGAUUAUUAUACACCAAAAUCAGUCUUUUCAUCAUCACCAUCAUCAUUAAAUAACACUUUUGGAAAUAAUAAAGUUUCAAUUGAAAAAAUAGUUUAUCAAGUAAUAUCAAUAGAAAAUCAAAAUAAACUAUUGAAUUUAAAUUUUUAUAAAAUACCAAAAUCAUUACAAAAUAUACAAAAUAAUUUAGAGUCAAUAGUAAAUAAAUCUACAAUAGAUAUGGAUAAUAGUAGAAUAGUAGAGUUAGAUAGAUUACUUCGAAAUGAUGAAAACGGGCUAAGUUUUUUAGAUUUUAAUGGUUCUAAAUUACUAAAAUUAGAAAAUUUAAAACUAUUUUUAAAUAAUAAUAAAAAUAACUGGAAAGGUAUUACCAAAGAACAACUUUUAAUUUUUGAACUAGAAAUCGCUAGGGGGAAAUGUAUCUCUUUAGAUUUCGAUUAUAUAUUUUAUUUCGAGUCAGUGAGUGACAAGUUAGAAAAUAGCUAUAUUAAAUCAAGUUUUAUUGAAACAAUGAUUAAAAUAUCAGUAGACUAUUCAAGCAAUAAGGAUUUGGUUUCUCAUUAUAAAGUAGUCAAGAAAAUGCCAGGGUCUAGAUAUUUGGAAUUUUGGACCCAAUUUGUAAAUAUGUUCCCCGAUCCAAAUCUCCCUAUUGAAGUUAAAGAUAAAGAAAGUUUGGAUUUCUUGGUUAAGAAUAAAGAAAAGCUUGAAUAUGGGUACACAGAUUUUUACGAAACCUAUCAAGAUACAUUUGGAAGGGCAAUUGUUACUUGUGACAAGGACGAAAUUGGUAAACUAGUUUCUAAAUUUGGUAAUGCAGAUCCUCAUUUAAAAAAAGUUAGUUUUGUCAAUGCUAGUCCCAAAUACAAAAAAGCAAUCGAGUUUUUCAACUAUUUGGUAUCAAAUAAUUUUCUGGGAAUGUCAUAUCAAUGCUUAAAUCACUUCACCAAGCCAUCAAUACCAAGCAAAUAUAUAGAAAAAUUUAAAGCUAAUUUAUUCAACAACAUUAAUGGUGAUACUUUAAAAAAUAAUAAUUAUUUAAAGGCAUUGGUCAAGAUUUUCUUUUUAAUUCUUUUAAAUGGAUCAAGAAAAAGAUUAGAGCUAAUGAUAUUGGGUUGCAACUUUAAUCCUAUCAUCCAACACCACGAAUUGUUUAUUGAAUUUAUAGAUACUUUUAAUCCAGGUUCAUUUUCUCCAAAAUAUCGCGAUAUUCCAAUUUUUACCUAUAGAUUUUCAAAAUAUAUAGAGUUUAAUCAAUACUAUAAACCCUAUAAAAACAUUGUAUCAAUGAUGGAAUUGUUGAUCAUGAAUUAUAUCGAGGAGGAAAGAGCACAAGAACCAGUUUCAAACGUUCAAAAAGGAUUAGAGUUUGCAGUGGUCGGUUUAUUCAAAGCUUUAAUUAGAAUCAAAGAUGUUCCAAAAGAGAUAAUUAUUGAUGCUUAUCAGGUGAUCAAUCAAAUUUCGGCUAUACGAAUACCAAAUUCACCAAUCUUUUCAAUUUAUUAUCUUUCAAUAAGAUCACUGAAAUUUAUAAAGUAUAUUCAAAGUUUUCCAUAUUUCUCAAUUUCAUUGUCAAGUUCAUUAAAUCAAUAUGGAAUAAUGGAUGAGUUUUCAAUGGGGACCUAUACAGAAGAUCCUAAUGAACAGCUAGUCGAUAUAAAACACCGUUUCGAUCCACAUAAAUUAUCUUUCAAAGCAAUAUUUGGUGAUAAUUAUAGAAAUAUAAAGGCAGUUCCAUUUGAUGAAUUAUUGAAGAGUUUAAUGCAAAUGCUUUCUUAUCCGUAUCUUACCCAGCAAAAAUAUCCAACUAAAAUCACUUUUAGUAAUAUUAUAAAUGCAAAUUUAGAAUUUUUAUUGGAUAUAAAUAGACCAGAUUUAUUUAUAGAACAUUUACAAGAUACAAUAAAAGGUAAUAAAGAGGUCCAGUUUUCACUCACUAGCAUAGUCAUAGAAAAAUGCCUUGAAAAUGGUGAUGUUUUACUAGAAGAGCUCCUGCAAUAUCCCCAGCUUUUAGAAUGUUGGCCACCAUAUUCAUUUAAAUAUGAUUAUAAAUACUAUGACAGGAUUAAAGAUUUACAAAUUGCCAUUUCACCAUGUAUUACUUAUGAUUUAAUGAUCAAACAUCCAAAUAUAGUUUUUUCAAACGAAAAGAAAUUUAAAGAUUACCUCAACAGAAUAACUACAGUUGAGGGAUUUGCAGAAUACAUUUAUUCAAUUAUUGUAUGUAUUCCAUUCAAUAGUUUUACUGUGUUAUUAAGAAACUAUCCCGAUUCCCCUUUAAAGCCAUCAAAGAGAUUGAUCGAUAUAGCAAUAUCACAUAGAAAAAUUUUAUUUUUAAAAUUUCUUUAUCAAAAUAAUUUAAUAGAUGAUAAUUAUCAUAAAGAUGAUCAAUAUAGCAAAUUAAUAUCAUAUUUAAAAUCAAAUCUUUCUAACAAUAAUGGCUAUGGACGUAUAGAUUGGAUUAAAUAG